UCGGACGACCUGGACGACAGCCUGACCAGCCUCAUGUGGCUGCAGGACUUCUCAAUCAUCAAUGCCAGCAUGGGCAAGUCCUCCUGCUGCCCCAGCGGCCCAGACCCCCACGACUGUCACAGGAUCCCCAGCUUUGCCGCCCCGUGUUCGCCCCUGGCCGCCGACCCGGCAUGCAUGGGCAUGCCCCACACUCCCUGCAAGCCCAUCUCCUCCUCCACCUCGAGGACGGCACACCAUGCCGUGGCCAUGCACCCUCAGCUCACAGAGGACAUCGACUACAAGACCAACCCGCGCAUCAAGCCACCCUACUCCUACGCCACUCUCAUCUGCAUGGCAAUGGAAGCCAGCAAGAAGCCCAAAAUCACCCUCUCUGCCAUCUACAAGUGGAUUACCGACAACUUCUGCUACUUCCGACAUGCCGAUCCCACCUGGCAG